AUCUUCAUGUGUCUGAUGUGGAUCCUGCUCCAGUUUGUGGUGCUGGCUCUGUACUGGGACAUACCACCUAUCAGCUCCGGAGAGGGGGGUAUCGCUGUGGGAGAGAUCGAGGAGGAGGAGCCGCUGGUAGGGGCCGAGGAAACACUGGAGACCUACGGCACUGUCUGGGACGACCAGAUAGAGACAACAAUUUCCUCAGAGAUCCACCCUUUCCAGGACCCUUCACAGUGCCCUCCCUCUCCACCUUCCUCUCCCCCUCCCUCGCCCCCUCCUUCGACUAUCUCAAACCCCUUCACAAUUUUCAGUGCUAGUCAAGGUGAGUGGAGAGAUCUGUGAUGUGAUUGGCCUAAUUGACUUCCCCCAGAGUAGGAUAGAAAACAGCACUUGAAUCAGACUAUUCUUUUAGGGAUACUAUGGUUGGUGCAUGUGCCUUUAUGUGUCUUAAUGUGUUUAAAAACAUUUUUUUUUAAAUAAUGUGUUGGUCAUUGUUGUGUGUGCUGUCAUUGUAAGUCAUUGAUGAUGCAUGCUGUGAUUGAACAAUUUCCCAAGUUGGGAUUAAUAAAGUAAUACUCUACUCUCUCUCUACUCUACUCUUUAGACAUGUGUAUUGUUAGUUUAUCACCAUCUUAUCUGUUGAGUUGUCACUGUCUAUUAGUGCAUGUUAGUUGUCUCCUGUAUCGAUUCUGUCUCUCAAGUAUAUUUUAUGUGCCAGCUUGUGUGUGUGUGUGUUCCCCAUUCUCUCUAUUGAGGAGUUCAUGAAGGGUGAAUCUUGUGUGGCAUGUCAGAUCAGAUUUCCUCAGUAUCGAGGAAAUACUACACGCGUGUCAUGUCUGGUGUAUGUCAGCAUGUGUGUAUGUGUGUUUGUUUGUGUGUGUCAGUGUAUAUGUUUGUGUGUGUGUGUGUCACAUCACUCGUAUUGAGUCUCUCUCUCUGUGUGUAUAGAUGUUUGGAAGGAGAAGGUGGUAUGUAUGUUGGACUUCCUCUUUAAUUGACUCUAUGCCUGUGUUGAGUUUUGUGGGCGAAAGGGAGACUAAAUUCUGAAUGCUGCAAUUAUUCUUUAUUAUUGAUUCUGCCUGUCUGUAGCCCAUUCUGUAGUGGGUUUUAGGGCGAUGGAAGGAGAGUUGUGAAUGUAAAGCCUAUCAACUUUGUAUGUGGUAAAUAUUCUCAUUCAUGGCCUUUCCAGCUUUGUUGAGUUUUCGAGGAAGGUUGAAGUAUGCCUGCAUAUGUGGUGAACAUACAUUUUUAUGGAUUCUCUUACUUCUCUCUCUCUCUCUCUCUCUCUCUCUCUCUCUCUCUCUCUCUCUCUCUCUCUCUCUCUCUCUCUCUCUCAGAGUUUCUGAGGGAGGAGGUGGUGGUGCUCCUCACUGCUCAGUUCAUCACCCUCUUCAACCAGACAGCACUGGAGGUAAGAGCAGCUGCACAACUGUAGUUCUCGCAGCAACAGCCUAAACAUAGACGCCAUCUUUUUUUGUUGCAUCCUAACCAUAUCAAAUGCCUAACCCUAACCUUAUUUCAAGACCUGAAAGCUUAUUUUCAUGUUCAUAAGUUUUCACAAUAUAAUUUUGACUUUACACCUAGUUCAUAGAGUGGAAACUGGGAACUCUUUCCCAUCAAGAGGUAAACAAAUAGUGAUGUAAUUCCCUGUCUUCCUCUCUCUCCCCAGAACAUGGUGACUACCCUGACAUAGUGAUGUAAUAUCCUGUCUUCCUCUCUCUCCCCAGAACAUGGUGACUACCCUGACAUAGUGAUGUAAUAUCCUGUCUUCCUCUCUCUCCCAGAACAUGGUGACUACCCUGACAUAGUGAUGUAAUUUCCUGUCUUCCUCUCUCUCCCCAGAAAAUGGUGACUACCCUGACAUAGCAAUGUAAUUUCCUGUCUUCCUCUCUCUCCCCAGAAAAUGGUGACUACCCUGACAGCGAUGUAAUUUCCUGUCUUCCUCUCUCUCCCCAGAACAUGGUGACUACCCUGACAUAGUGAUGUAAUUUCCUGUCUUCCUCUCUCUCCCCAGAACAUGGUGACUACCCUGACAUAGUGAUGUAAUUCCUCAUGUCCCCAUUCCCCUUCCUCUCUAGACCAUGGUGACACCUCUGACCCAGCGCUCCUUUGGCUUCGGAGAGCUUGCCAACAGCCUGAUGUACAGCCUGUGUGGCGUUGAGGUGAUCCUGGGCUUUUUCUUGGUGCGCUGGCUCAGCCGCCAGGUGGAAGACCGCGUGGUGCUUGCCGUGGGGCUGGUCAUCUGCAGUGUAGCCUGCGUCUGGUGCCUCAUCUUCCUGGCCAACCCCCAGGGUGAGUGGGUGGGAACCUAGAGGCUGAUCUUGGGUCAGUUUAGCAUUUUCCCCACUAAUGGUUAAUGUUAGGAUUGGGGGAGGGGAAGCUGAUCCUAGAUCUGUACCUAGGGUAAACACCCCGGAGCGAGUGGCUGAGAGAGUAUGUACCACCACCGUCUGUGUAUGACAUGUCAUUCCGUACCCAGGGUUGGUAUGAGACUCCUGGGGUGGAUAGGGUGGUGAGGUGGCUAUGAAGGUAUUAAUGAUAGAUCUGUAAGUGAUAUACAACCCACCACUUGGAGGCACAUGAAGACCACACAUAUAAGCAAGCAGACACACACACACACACACUCACGCACACACACACACACCUCUUUUCCCAGAGGGAGUUGUAGUAGUAGAAUUUCAACCAUGUCACCAACGAUCAUCCAUCUGACUGAGGUUGUGUCUCUUCCUGUGUCCAGGUGGGUACUCCUGGGAGUUGACAACGUUCAUCAUCGGAGUGUUCCUGCAGCUGCUGGGGCUUCCCUUCGUGGCCGUGUCCCAGGUGUCUCUUUUCUCCAAAGUCACUGCAGAGAAAACACAAGGUGGGUGUCUGACUUACAUGGCCACCGUUUGACUCAUGACAUAGCAGUUUGACAGCGAAUCACUCCUGUUAGGUCAGCGAAUGUGAUCAUUGCAUGUAUUGGUUCAUUGAGCUGGACUCACCGUAGUGCUAAUUUAUGAUGACGUUUAGACAUGUUAUUUCUAGAAGGAAUACAAAUAUUAAUAUUAAAGAUUGAUUUAAAUAAGAUAAUGAAAUAUUUUAGCUUUGUUUUUGUUUUAUUACCUUCUGAAAAUAAAAGGUGCCAACAAUGCACUUGUGUGAAGGCUUAGUUAAUCAUAGUAAAUCAGGCUCUUUGACUAACCCCCCUAGGCAAUGAGGCUGUGACUCAUAGCAAUGCUGAGAAUGAUUAGGGGAAUGAUCAUUAACUAUCACUAAAUGGCCAUUUGUUUUACAGGAAGGAGAGGUCAUUAAUCAUUCAAAUGACUGGGAUUGUGUUUGUGUGUGUGUUCCUGGUGGUGUCUAGGGUUCAGUCAAGGUGUGAGGCGCUCUGUUGGGGGGCUGGCUACUAUCCUGGGGCCUCUCUGGGCUGGAGGACUGACCGGUAACUUAUACCUGAUGCUUGGAAUGAUGCUGGCUCUUCUCCUCAUGAUCACA